AUGGCAGGGACCCAGAUCUCUGUCCCUCUGGAGCAGUUCACCAAAAGCAAAGAACCAGAGUUGAUAACAGAAAAAGCCCUGGAGGAGGAGGAAGAAGGGGUGUGCAGAGUGAAGGAACACCCAAGCUCUGAAAAGUUAGAGGCCGAGAGCACCCACGGGGCCCUCCAGGCCAAGAUCCCAGGGGGCGAGCUGGAGCUCCUGGCCAUCCCGGAGGAGGGCGAGAAGCACAUCCUGACCCUGCAGACGGUGCACUUGACCUCCGAAGAUGUGGAGCUGCAGGACCUGGCACCACAGCACCAGGAAGAGGUGCAGGUGAUGGUGCAGCAGACUGGUAGUGGGCUGCAGUCACUGGUGUGGCUUGGGGAGGGGUCCCAGCAGAGCCUGCGCCAGUGUGUCACCAUUAGCAUCCAGGAGGUGGAGGUGAUGCAGUUUCAUGUUCUGGAGGAGAAUGUGACCGGGGCCAGUGAAGACAGUAAGUGUGCAGUGAGCCUGGCAGAAAGCUCUGGAUCUGUAAAGGAAGAGGAACAGCUGCUGGCUGAAGGUGGAUUCAGUGAAGAAACCGAAGGGCAGUUUUUUGUCGUGGAAGUGAGACCAGGAGAUGAAGGAAGAGAUGAAAUGGUUCUGACAAUUUCAACCUUAAAUACUGAGAAACCUGCGCUGGGUGGAGCGCAUAUUGAAGAAGCCAACGCUACAAAAAGUCAAAAAAAGACAAAGGAAGUAAAACGAACCUUCCACUGUGACACCUGCACGUUCACCUCUUCUAGAAUUUCGAGUUUGAAUCGUCAUAUGAAAACUCACACCAAUGAAAAGCCCCAUACGUGUCACCUUUGCCUGAAAGCUUUCCGUACUGUUACUGUCCUUCGGAAUCAUAUCAACACCCAUACAGGAACCAGGCCCUACAAGUGUGGUGAUUGUGACAUGGCAUUUGUCACCAGUGGAGAACGUGCCCGACACAGACGUUAUAAACACACUCACGAGAAGCCCUUUAAAUGUUCCAUGUGCAAGUAUGCUAGCGUAGAGGCAAGUAAAUUGAAGCGCCACAUCCGUUCGCACACGGGCGAACGCCCCUUUCAGUGCCAUCUCUGUAGCUACGCCGGCAAAGACGCCUACAAGGUGAAACGGCACAUGAGGACGCAUUCCGGUGAGAGGCCCUACGAAUGCCACAUCUGCCACGCACGCUUCACCCAGAGCGGGACCAUGAAGAUACACGUCCUGCAGAAGCACGGCGAGAACGUCCCUAAGUACCAGUGCCCGCAUUGUGCCACCGUCACUGCAAGGAAGAGCGACCUCCGUGUCCAUUUGCUCAAGCUGCAUACGUACAAAGCUGCAGAGAUGAAGUGCCGCUACUGUUCUGCUGGCUUCCACGAGCGCUAUGCUCUCAUUCAGCACCAGAAAACUCACAAAAACGAGAAGACGUUCAAGUGUGAACACUGCAGCUACGCCUGCAAGCAGGAACGUCAUAUGACAGUUCACAUACGUACCCACACUGGAGAGAAGCCGUUUGCCUGCCUCUCCUGCAAUAGAUGUUUCCAACAGAAGCAACUUCUAAAUGUGCACUUCAAGAGAUACCAUGAUGCAACUUUCGUCCCGACUGUUUACAAAUGCCCCAGGUGUGGCAAAGGCUUUUCCCGCUUGAAUAACAUGCAGAGACACUUGAAAAAGUGUGGCUCCAGGCAAGAAAAGCCAACCGCCUUGGAUAAAGGAAGACGAACAAAAAAGAGGAAGCCGACCAUCCCCAAAGAGACAGCCAAGGAAGACGAAGCCGCUGCCGAGGAGGCCUCCCUGGUGAGCGGAGAGCAGUACCCGGGAGGGCUGGUUCCCAUCGACUUCGGGGAAGCCACGGCUGGAGGCGAGGACCUGGAUGAAGACAUGACCUGUGAGAUGAUCCUGGCCAUGAUGGAGAAGUGA